CACACAAACUCAGACUGGGAUCGCCGCCGGAAUCAUUUGACAUUUUUUUUCUUGAAUAUGGAGUGACGUGGCAGUCUCCGGUAAUGCGCUUUGAAUUUUAUUUCCAAGCAGAGAGCCCGACAAAAUACUGUUCUACACAAUUGGAUUAUGCUAGAUAUUUUUUUUAAUUGAUGGAACUAUACAGCUUGGAAGAUGAAAGCACAUUGCCGCCUCGAUUUACCUAGGGUCCAAAAAAAGUAGAAUAAAUAAAUUUGGGGAGUUCAUCAUUCAUCUAAACCACUAAGGAGCUUACCAAGACCUCCUUUUGAUUUCAGUACCAGGGGAAAAUGGUUCUCAACGAAUAUGGAGCUCACCAUGCGACUGAAGCCGGCGGAUAUAACAGGAAGGCGGAAAUCAAAGCUUUUGAUGACACAAAAGCUGGCGUUAAAGGCCUAGUUGAUGCCGGAGUUACUAAAGUCCCUCCAAUGUUUAUCGGCCGCCCUGAAAAAUCUUACCCAACUAGCACCGAAUACGAGUUUCCGAUCAUAGACUUGAAAGGCAUAGGCGAAGAUCCGGCCAAGCGAAAGCAGGUAGUUGAGAAAGUGAGGGAUGCAAGUGGGACGUGGGGGUUCUUCCAAGUGGUCAACCAUGAAAUCCCUGAUGAUGUUCUUGAGGAGAUGUUAAAUGGUGUACGCAGAUUCUUUGAGCAAGACACCCAAGUCAAGAAACAAUGGUAUUCCAGAGAUCACACCAAAAGAAUGUUUUGGAACAGCAAUUUUGACCUUUACAGUGCGCCAGCCACCAACUGGAGAGACACAGUGGUGUUCAGCUUGCUCCCUGAGCUUCCUUCCCCUGAAGAUUUGCCUUCAGUUUGCAGAGAGAUUGUGAUGGGGUACUCAAAAGCAAUGGAGAAUUUGGGGUAUACUCUGUUCGAGUUACUGUCAGAGGCUCUUGGGCUUCGUUCCGAUUAUCUCAAAGAUGAGGAUUGCGUCAAAGGAUUGACUAUUCUGGGGCAUUACUAUCCGGCAUGUCCUCAACCUGAGCUAACUUUGGGUGCCAGCAAGCAUGAAGACAAUGAUUUCAUUACUGUGGUUCUUCAGGAUCAUACAGGAGGCCUUCAAGUACUCUAUCAGGACCACUGGGUUGAUGUUCCUCCAACUCCUGGAGCUCUUGUAGUCAACAUUGGCGACUUACUUCAGGCAAGUUACAUAUUCAUAGUCUAAUUGUUGCUAUUUGAUUUAGAGUCAAAAUCAUUAGAUGAGUCCUUUUAAUCUCUAGACUCUAGACCUGUGUACGAGGAAUCUACAAAUCCAGCUGACAGUUUUAACUGGUAAUUGAACUUUGCAGUUAAUGUCUAACGACAAGUUCAUCAGCGCUCAGCACAGAGUACUGGCAAAUCGAGCGGGACCAAGGAUAUCGGCAGCGGCAUUUUUCACGACGAACAUGUUGGAAUCCUCGAAGCUGUAUGGACCUAUUAAGGAGCUAUUGUCGGAAGACAACCCGCCAAAGUAUAGGGAAACCACCGUCAAGGACUAUACAACCUACUUCAAUACGAAAGGCCUUGAUGGAGUUUCUGCUCUUCUGCAUUACAGGUUGUAAGAACUCUUUGUGUCCAAAAUGAGGCAGACCAGCAUAUGUUCUUGGAUAUCUAUAUCAGCUGAAAUAUUAAGGAAUUCUGCAAACUUAUGCUGUAGAUUUGGUCUACAUUUGCUGUACUUGGUUUUGCUACAAUGAUUUCUGUAUUAUUACAGGCUUGUUACCAUAAUUUGGAAAUAAAGAAAGAAAAAAGUAAAAGAAAAGAUAACAGAAUGCAAUUGCAUAGCAGUGAAAUAAAUGUGUCGCACCAAAAAAAAAAAAAAAAAGUGACGAUGAGAAAUCAGAUAACGACACCCUUAAAACAAAAGUUUAGUGGGAGUAAAAGUUCAUUAAACCACCAUCACCCUUUCAUGGAUCACUAUGCAAAUAAAGGCCCAAAGAACAAUUAGUAUAAGUACGCCAAAUUUUAACACAGAAACAUGAUAACUAUUAGGAGCUUUGCAAAAUAAUAAUUACAUCCGUGUUUGUUGGGUUGGGAAAAAUCAGGGUCAUCGAUAUGCAUUAUCAUAGAAAUAGCCAAGGGACC